ACCCAUCACAACAACACACCAUCGUGACAGCCACUGUCUCCAGCCACACAUCCAGCCUUACCACCCCAGAGUUCGGCGAUGCGUUGUUGCUGCGCGACAGCUUCAUUUGCUUCGUCUGUUUGAUAAACACAAUAGCAUUGUUGUGGCGAACCUCGGCCACCUCGUCCAUUGACCGCUGGUCUCAACCAUGUCGUCCGAAAAGGGCCCUGUCGCGACCGAAGCCCCGCCCUUCGCAUCAACCGCGCCGCAAGCUCCCACUAAUAUAUCGGCCCUCUCUGUUGAAUCAAUAGCCGAAGCUGCUCGCGCAUCGCUGAAGCGGCAUCGGGAAGCCACGCCUACUUCGCCAUCGUCUGUGCUGCCACCGACGUUCAGUUCCGACUUGCCUCCGUCACCGAGUAAGGCUGCGCGAAUCGCCGGCCUUUCAUCGAGACACUCUCCCGCGCCACUGACGGCAGCUGCUGCUAUCGAAGAUGAGCAACACCGAGAAGAUGAACAAUACAGGCUUCAGGUCACUGGCCUAACCGACAAUCCAGUUUACAGGGCCCAGACCGCAUUGCUGUCAGCCAAUGCGUUAGCCAUGAGUCGACCCGGGGAUGGCCCCCAGGAGCACCAUCAACAUCAGCCUACAAACACCCAACCAGGAGAUAUGCAGCCUGGAGACGCGCAGCCCGUUGGGUCUCCGCCUAUUUCUGUUCCGGUACCCAAUAUGACAGAAUCCGAUAGCAAACUAGAUGCCAGCCCCGACGCAAGCUCAGCAGCGAUCGAAAGCUUAGCCGGUGCUGGCGCGCCUAUCGAUGCCAAUACCGGGUCUAUAGAGGGUGAAGUGCGCAAUGGCCAGGAUGGGUUUAAUACCCAGCCACCAGCUCAGAUGGAUGAUAAGAAUAUACAAUCGCUGUCUUAUCCUGGUAUUCUGCCACCAAGUGCGAAUAUGCCCGCCCCACCAUCUCGUGGAAUGAGUAUGCCCAUGACUCCAAGUGUGCCAACAGCUCCACGGUCACCUAAUUCCAAGAAACACAAGUGUCCUUAUUGCGAAACUGAAUUUACCCGCCAUCACAAUCUGAAGAGUCAUCUUUUGACACACAGUCAAGAAAAACCAUUCGUUUGUCAAACUUGUCAGAUGCGCUUCCGUAGACUGCACGACUUAAAACGUCACUCAAAGCUCCACACUGGGGAAAAGCCGCACAUCUGCCCCAAAUGUGACCGGAAGUUUGCUCGCGGUGAUGCCUUGGCUCGACACAGCAAAGGACCGGGCGGAUGCGUUGGCCGACGAAGUAGCAUGGGAAGCUAUAUGGGCGAAGAGGAUCCAGAUGGAGUAAGCCGCUUAGAUGGCGAUGACUCGACAAUGGCUGGUGUCGUUUAUGAUGUAUCCAUGAACGAGGCUGACAUGACGGAGGAAGAAAAGCGACGGCUGAGCAACUUACCAAGCAUCAAAGCAUCACACAUUGAAGGUGUUAGCGUUAACCAAGGGCAACUAUUCCCUCCAGCCACAGAUCGUGGCUCUGCUAGUUCUGCAGCUCACACACCCGGCACUAGCAUUGGAUCUAUACCCUUAGGUGGCGGCAAUGCUUCUAUGUAUGCACAGACGGGAAUGACGGAAAGUCCUAAACCCUUAAGCCCUGGGCUCCAAGCUCAGGAUUCCGCAAAUUCAAAUAGGCAGCGCUCUCCAAGCUUAACAACGCAGUUCCAGCAACAACAUUUCGGCCGCAACCAAUCUGACCGCCGCUCGCCACCAGUAUCAACAUUUACAGCUGCCGAUGCCGCUAGGUAUGCUGCCACGGCUGCUUCAGUUGCCAGUGCACAGGCAGCCAGCGCUCAGGCAGGGGCUGGGAAUUCUGCGCAACAUCAAAUUCCGCCAGCUCCUGGGACCGGGCACACGCGAACUCCUAGUGGAACCGGCCAGACUGGCAGUAGUGGUGACAGCACUACUAAUAACCUAUUUGCGACAGACCAUGGAGUCUGGGCAUACAUUAGUAAUCUUGAGGAACAAUUUCGGCUGUUGAGUGAACGUGUGUCAGCGAUGGAAGCCAUCGAGAGGUCUCAAGAUGACAAAAUCUCCUAUCUGACAACUGAAAUGGCAACGUUGAGAGCUCAGGCUGAUCUGAAUAAUACUACGAGUGAGAAGGCUAGUUAAUGCCCAAACUUCCUCAGAUUAUUUAGAUCAAACCAGCGGUAAUACUUAUUCACCGCAUAUUAUACGAUUAUAUGCCAAGUCGGAUGAACAGGAAGAGAAGCAGACUGGCUAUUGCCGGUCUUCGCUUCAUCGAUUAAUUACCUUGUAUGGAUUCAUGCUCAUGUGGCGUUUUUGGUGUUGGUUGAGUCCCAACGAAAAGCCAGUGAUAUUUUGUCGAUCGUUAUCUGUGUAGAUAUCCUUGGGAGCCCAUUUCCGCUUCCGCAGUGGGCGGUUAUCUUGCGUUGCCUUGUUAUAUCAGUCGAGUUCCAGUGUCCGUGUACAUUAAAAAGCGCAGAUAGAUCGCCUCAAGGCAGGACACGUUGACCGAUUAUUCUAUCGCUUAACAUAGUAGUAAUACGAACACAUCAUCUACCAUUACUCCCUUUCUAACACGUAUAUUAUCGCACUUACCAAGGCUUGUGCUGAUGCUAAUAGCAUGGCCUAGGGCUAUUGGGCACACAUUCCAUGGUAUUAGGCUCAUCUAUCACAAUUUAUCAAAUGAGAGCUACCUAGAGCCCAAUAAUCAAAUGGUUUCUCUAUCUAUGAUGGGGAUGUAGGACGACACCUGUUACAAACAUGCAAAGGGCGAGGAGCAGCUGGUAUCCCGAAUUAUUACACUUCAAGGGGUGUUU